AUGAUGGACUUGCUUGGAGGAUAUAACUCAAAUUCUGAUACAGAUGCCGAUGGACCCGUAGAGAAAAAGGCGAAGAAAUCUGAUCCCCGUUUCUUGCGAGCAGCACCCGCCAUAUCGGUGAUGACGAGAAGAAAUCAUGGCAACGAACUCAUUCACUUGGUUGACCCGUCAUCUCAAAUCAUCGUCGAAGCCCCCAUCCAAGGUCCACAGGUUUUGGAUCCCCAGGUACAAAAGGCUCUUGCAGGAGAAAUGCAGGAAAAUUAUCAUUUUGACGAGACUGUAUUCAAGAAACAGCGAACAAAGUUUCAAAGGACGGGUCAAGCUGUUGGUCCGAGUCAGCAGUCUGUUGUACGUACAACACUAGGGUACACUACGAAACGACUAGAACAAUUUGAGAAGACAGAAAAUGACCAGAAAAAGCGACCCAAAUUCGAAUCGAAAGAUCCCUUGGUCGAUGGUUCUGACGACGAGGCGGUAUACGGAGUAUGGGGCCCUCCUUCGCAAGAGGAACGAUGGCAUGCUGAGAACUCACUAUCUGAUAUUCAAAAGGGGGGCUUGGAGUCGCUGGCACCAGAGCAAUUGGCUGAACGUGCGUACGUUAAGGAACGUGACCGCCUUUUGGGAGUGCAGGAAGAAGCGAAGGAAGAGCAACCUGCUUGGGAACGAUUGGUGGAUCGAAAAAUGGCGCACUUAUUGCCGCCCAAGAUGGACGGAGAAGGUGUUGAACCAAAAUCGACUUUCCACGGUAUUGAAGAAUCAAAUUAUAAGGGCCAAUCCUGGGUCGCUCCACCUAGUGGAAUGCGGUCAGUGAUAGAUGGAGAUGCUCUAGAUAUCGACCACCACCGCUGUUAUGUACCCAAAAAAUGCGUGCAUCGUUUCAUAGGCAACGAUAAAGGGAUUCAUCGGAUACGACUCUUUCCAAAAACUGGUCAUCUUCUGUUGGGUGGAGGACUCGAUGGCGUUUGCAAAGUUUGGUCUAUAGCGGAGAAGAAACUAAUGCGGAGUUAUCAUGGGCAUGCUGCUGCAGUUCGGGAUGUCCAAUUCAACAAUGAUGGCAGUAAAUUUGUUUCGGCAUCCUUCGAUCGCGUUCUAAGACUAUGGGACACGGAAAGCGGGAAGGUUUUGAACACCUUUGGAAAUAAGAAGGUGCCAUAUGUUGUGAAGUUUUAUCCACACGAUGACAAUUUCUUUGUUGUUGGGUGUAGCGACAACAAAAUCGUUACUUAUGACGCAACCACUGCAGAAAUUACUCAAGAAUACAACCAUCAUUUGGCACCUGUCAAUGCGAUCAUCUUUGUAGAAGACAAUGGGGUCAAGAUGGUAUCGUCAAGUGAUGACAAAAAAGUGUUGGUGUGGGAAUGGGAUAUCGGGGUUCCAGUGAAAUAUAUAUCUGACCCUACUAUGCAUUCGAUGCCCUGCAUGGUAAUGCAUCCCUCUCUUCAGUUCUUCGUCACUCAGUCGUUGGACAAUACAAUAUGUGUUUUCCAGGCUGGAAACAGAUUUUCGAUGCAGAAGAAGAAGAAAUUUAGUGGACACCAAGUCGCUGGAUACGCUUGUGAGAUGACACUAAGCCCCGAUGGGAGGUUUCUGGCCUGUGGAGAUGGAAAAGGGAAGCUUUUUUUUUGGGAUUGGAAACGACACAAAAUUUUACAAAAGUAUCAUGCUCAUGACAAGGGACCUGCAAUUGCGAGCGUGUGGCAUCCGCUUGAGCCCUCAACUAUGUUCACUUGUGGAUGGGAUGGGUCCAUUGAGGUCACCGCCGAUUAUAUAUCCAAUCCAAUACUGGCUGGUUCUCGCAAGCCUGGCAUAAUAUUCGAGACACCAAAAAUUGAGGGGUUCUUGGACAUCAUUCCAAUACUGAGCAUAGCGUAUGCCAUCUUGCGACGCCAUGUGUGA